AGCCGCUCACUAAGCUCCGUUACACAGACAGUCACAGAAAAGCCGACGAGAGCAGGAGCCACGGAGAGCUCCUUUUGGGUCCUUUUGACAAGUGGCCGAGCCGAACAAAUUUUUGCGUUUACCGAAUUUUAUUAAUUGAAACGGUGUGUGAUUUAUAAAUCUCCGUACCAAACAUGAAGUACGCUGUUAUUUUGGCAACAACGAUGUGUGUGGCUCUGGUCAGCUCGUAUCCGAUUCCCGAAGGAGAUCGCCUUCAAUCCGAGGCACUCGAUCGGCUGGUGAUGGUCGAAGCCGACAACGAGACCGCCCAACGGAGCAAACGGACGAUUGGUAUCCUGCGGGAACUGUUCCCAGAAGUCUCUCAGGACGUGAACCCAGAAGCGGAGGACAGAGUGAACGAGGUGGCCGAGUCGCAGAACAACGAGGUGAAAGUUCAAUUCGCGGACGAGCAGGGCAACGAAGAUCCGGUGCCGCCGUUGACGCCGCUCGACGAAGCCGAUGCAGACGACGACGAGAACAGAAACAAGAGGUUCCUCAACUUCGGCUUCGGUGGCUCGGGUGGUACCGGUAGCGGCGCCGGUUCCGGGAACUUCCUCUUCGACAUAAUCAGGCAAGCGGCCGACGGGGCGGCGCGAGCGGCGGGCACGGUGUACCGUGUAGUGGCAGGUACGCAGAGCCUAGGGCUCGGCUUAAGCGCGUCUCGCGACUUGAGCCCAAUUCCACAGGGUGCCGCCGCCCCUGCUGCCGCUCCUGGUUCCUCGUCGUCAGCAACGGGAUCCUCGACCAUGGCACCGGCCUCGUCAGGAGCCGGCAACCUACCACCGCUGGUGGCUGGAAGCGGAAGCGCAGGGAAUGCUUCGGCCGGAAAAACCGACGACACCCAGGAGGCGGUUCCCGGACCAGUUACCAGGCUCUUCGUCAUCGCGAACAGGGGAAUCUCGAAUCUCAUACAGGAUCUCAUUUUGCGCCUGGCAGCGACGAGUGAGCGUAUCGUCAAUUUCAAGGCGAGAUUGAUCACUUCCAUCAUCUAGAAGAUGAUGCCGGGCGUGGAAGUGCAUGAGAAGAUCAAAUCGGUCCUGAAGAAACGCUCAGAACGGCCAGUGGGUUCGCCAUCGCCGAGCUGAUGAAUCUCACAAGCAGACUGAACACGGGUACGACGUUGGCGACACGGAAUCAACACACGUUGUCGCCCCCUUGUCCCCGAAGUUCUCGAACCGUCUCGUCGAUCGUCAACAACGAAUCGUCCUCGUUUUGAACUUUUUAACAUCAUGCAAACCUCGCGACUCAUCAAAGAUCGCGUCGUAUCACGCGACAUCCUCGUGUCCCUUCCGUCCUCUUGCUUUUCGGUUCUCUCCCUCUUCGUUCCCUUCAACGUCCUCUAGCUCGUCUAUCUCUUCUCCCUAUUAUUCUUCUCCCGUUUUAUUUUGUACGUUUUAUGUAGAAUACCCCUACUAUAGUCUGGUUUACUCGCGUAGCAAUUAGGAAGGUGUACACCGUCGAUGUUGACUAUUUGCUCGAAAUUUCAAAUUCAACGUUUCAUCGGCAGGUACAUUUCUUAGAUA